UCCUGGACACCUGGCUGGAAGUUGGCUGUCCUGCUUCCUGUGACCUUGGGGGCUUGAACGGGACAGGGAGCAGGGCACUGAGACUCUCCUUCCCCAGCCUUUUUCCCUUAAUCGCUACCCCGCCCUCUACCGUCCUAGACUGCUUCCUGGGCCAGGACUGGUUGGCCUUUUCCUUCCCCAGUUGUGGGGAGGAGGGUGUAGCAGCCCUAGUCGCCUUCGGGGGACAUGGAGCCCAGGAGGGUGGGGCCUGGGGCGCACUGCUGGGGGCCUCGGGUGGCCGCGGGGUCGGGGACGGCUGCGGAGCUCGUGUACCACCUAGCGGGGGCCUUGGGCACUGAGCUGAAGGAGCUGGCGCGCCGCUUCGGGCCGGAGGCGGCGGCCGGGCUCGUGCCGCUGGUGGUGCAGGCGCUGGAGCUCCUGGAAAAGGCGGCCGUGGGGCCCGCCCCGGACUCGCUGCAGGUAUCCGCGCAGCAGGCCGAACUCGAGCUGCGGCAGCUGCGGCAGGAGAACGAGCGCCUCUGCAGAGAGUUGCGCUCUGGGCCACAGGAGGAGCGCGCUCUGCUGCGGCAGCUCAAGGAGGUGACCGACCGCCAGCGGGAUGAACUCCGGGCGCACAACCGCGACCUGCGGCAGCGCAGCCAGGAGACUGAGGCGUUGCAGGAGCAGCUGCAGCGCCUCCUGCUGGUGAAUGCGGAGUUGCGGCACAAGCUGGCCGCAGUACAAACCCAGCUGCGCGCCGCGCGGGACCGCGAGAGCGAAUCAGAGCGGCGGCGCGAAGCGACCUUGGAGCCCGCGUCAGAGCAGGCGCACGGCCAGGCCGCGGCGCCCGGGUGCGAGCAGAGGCAGGAGCCCGAGACGGCAGCCACGGGCACAGGAGCCCCGGGGACCCCUGAGGACCGGGCGGAUGCCCUGCCGCCGCCAGGACGCCCCCCCAAGGUAGGGCAGUGCGGCUUCAGUCGAGAGGAGGUUGAACAGAUCCUUCAGGAGAGGAAUGAGCUCAAAGCCAAUGUGUUCCUGCUGAAGGAGGAGUUGGCCUACUUCCAGCGGGAGCUGCUCACAGACCACCGGGUCCCGGGGCUUCUGCUUGAAGCCAUGAAGGUGGCUAUCAGGAAGCAACGAAGGAAGAUCAAGGCCAAGAUGUUAGGGACCCCAGAGGAAGCAGAGAGCAGUGACGAUGAGGAUGGCUCAUGGCUCCUGCUCUCCAGGGAUAAGGGAGACCACCUCCAGCCCCCACCCCCUGAGUCCAGAAUACAGAGUUUCUUGGGCCUGUGGUGUCAGGGUGGAACAGAGGCCCCUGAGGCUGAGGCCAGCAUUGCGGCUACCAGCGAGAAUACGGGGAGGAGAGGAGGCUCCACAGCCACCCCCGUGGAGCCUGUGGGCAGCCUGACAGCCCCCAACUCCUGACCGGCCCUGCUCUGCUCUCGAUGAAUAUCUUCAUCUGGGGUCUCAGCUGCCCCAGAGGCCUGCCUGACUCUGGGGUCUGUCUGGGGGUGGACGUGUGACCUCAAAUGAGGACAGGGCUCCCUCCUUCCCCGCCCUCCCCAGGCCCUUUUCUAACCCUGGCCUGAGCCAGGGUGUGACGGGGAGCUCAACCUACCUUCCUUCCUGUAUCUCUGUGCCAAGCCUCCAGGGCCAGAUAAAAGUGCUGCUUCUGUGAGUUUCAGUUUCCCCAUCCAUGAAAUGGAGAGUUGACUACCUCCCUCCCAGGUGUUUGUACGGAUGGCCUAAGCUAAUGUAAUAAAGCAACUGCCCGUGAUACCCAGGAA